AUGUUCAGGCGUGUAUACGGCAAUGGUACGUUGGAAGUAUUCCCUUCGAAUUCUUACGAGUCUUCAGCGAUGACGGUGAGGUGCCGCGCGGCCAACCCUCAUGGAGCUAUCAUCUCCAGAGAUGUCACAUUACAUCCAGUGGCUGACACAAAGUGGGAGGUGUUGAUGUCUGGAGGGUCUGUGUCUGCCGGAGGUAUCGCCGCUCUGUGGUGUCGCCCGGAGACGGACCAUGGUCACUCUCUAGCAACACCAGCUCUGUUCUACCGAGGGGAUCGAGUUAUGCACAUAGAUCCUCCUUCACCAGAUGCACGAUAUUUGUUGGCGGGAUCAGCGCUUUUGAUCCGCGACGCAUCGCCCGCAGACGCAGGUUCCUACAGCUGCCUCGCACGACACGCGCUGACUGCGCUCACGAAGCGCUCACGACCCGCCCAUUUAAAUGUGCUCACGGGCUCUUCCAAUUCACCCCCGCGUCUUGUUGCGACGGAGAGUGAUGUUACCGUGCCCGCCGGCGCCACUUUCUGCAUGCCCUGCGUCGCCUCCGAAUACCCACCGCCGCAAUACACUUGGUACCGAGAAAGAAACGGGCGCCUUCAGCCAGUAGAACCCAACCCGUCUGUAUGGCUAUGGGCCGGCGGAGCAGCACUGUGUUUUACGAGGGUCUCCCGCGACGCUAAUGGCGCAUGGCUCUGCAAGGCUUACAACGUCUUCGGAGACGCAACUGCCCAAAUGAGAAUAGAAGUUGAAGAUACCUUCAGUGUCAGCGUAGAUCCAAGUGUUGUAGUAGCAGAAGCUGGUAGCACAGUUCGCCUCAACUGUACUGCCACCGACCCAUCAGCUACUCUGCGCUGGGCGCACAACGGAGCAGUAGUCUCUACGGGGGGUGAAUCCUUGAUACUUCGGGGACUUGCGAGAGCUCACGCCGGCUUAUAUCAAUGCCUCGCGAGACGCGGCAGUCGCACUGAACAAGCAGCUGCUGAGAUACGACUCGGAGACUCCCCUCCAGAGUUGCAAUACACUUUCAUCGAGCAAGCUUUACGUGCAGGCAGUAGCGUAACGUUACGAUGUAUUGCUGCCGCUUCACCACCGCCAAGGAUCACGUGGCUACUCGAUGAUCACCCUCUUGAUCACUUUAUUGCUCAUCACAGGUACUCGAUUAGUGAAGAAGCCUCUGUGCAAGGAGAGGUGGUGUCAGUUUUAAACGUGACCUCAGCGACGGCUGCGGACGGCGGACGUUACUCAUGUCGUGCUUCUAACCCGCUCGGCGCUGUCGAACAUUCAGCCAGAUUAAAUAUAUACGGGCCGCCAUCAAUCCGUCCGAUAAGCACAAUACGAGCAGUGGCCGGGGAGAACCUCACACUGCACUGCCCCUACGCCGGAUAUCCGAUCAGGUCUAUAGAGGUGCAUUUGAUAGGAUCAUUCCUAUUACAAUCACUUCAGUGUCGUGGUGGCGUCGUGGGGCGGCGACAGCGUUGGGCAGCUCUGGACGUGUUAGUUCUCGAGAUGCCUCUCUUCGACUGA